AUGACGUCUGAGACCACACAUGACUGCCAUGUGUCGGCCGCAGCCGCUGAAGACAACAGCUACUACGCUUCCCAAGACGAAGAAGAAGAAGAAAAGGCUUUAGAAGAAGCACUGGAAAUGUCCAACGUUCAAGAGGCUGAAGAAUUGGGGGAAACGUUGGAGGCACCAGUGUCCCCGUAUGCGUGUGCUUACUGCAAUCUGGAUUCGCCGCGAUCGGUGGUGAAAUGCAACAUCUGCAAUAAAUGGUUCUGUAAUUCUAAAAACGGAACCUCAACCUCGCACAUCAUCAACCACUUCGUACUCUCGCACCACAACAGUGUCUCUUUGCAUCCAGAAUCGGAUCUGGGUGAUACAGUACUAGAGUGCUAUAAUUGCGGCUGUAAAAACGUGUUUGUGCUGGGGUUUGUGUCCGCCAAAAGCGAAGCCGUGGUAGUCAUGUUGUGCCGCUUACCGUGUGCUCAAAACAAGACUGUGAGCUGGGACACGGAUCAGUGGCAAUCCCUAAUAGAAAACCGUCAAUUUUUGUCUUGGGUCGCCGAAGAACCGACGGAUGAGGAAUUAUUGCGCGCAAGAAUGAUAUCACCCAGUCAGAUUUCUAAGCUAGAGGCCAAAUGGCGUUCCAAUAAGGAUGCCACCAUAAACGACAUAGACACUCCGGAUGACAGGGAAGAAGUGCCUCACGUUCUUAUGAGAUACGCAGAUGCAUACCAGUAUCAAAGAUCUUUUGCGCCACUUGUGAAAAUCGAAGCCGACUAUGACAAGCAUUUGAAAGAGUCUCAGGCUCUCGAACAUAUCUCCGUGUCCUGGACUCUAGCUUUGAAUAAUCGGCACUUAGCAUCGUUCGCGUUGUCGACUUUCGAGUCUAACGGCUUGAAAGUGGCGGUCGGGGAUGAGAUGAUUUUAAGAUACUCAGGUGUCCAGCACGCUGAGUGGGAAGGGCGUGGUUACAUAGUGCGCCUACCGAAUAGCUUUCAUGAUCAAUUGAUGCUUGAGUUGAAACCCAAUAAAAACCUGCCACCAACUCAUCUCAAUACCGGUUUCACUGCGGAAUUCGUAUGGAAGGGAACUUCCUACGACAGGAUGCAAGAAGCAAUGAAGAAGUUUGCAGUGGUCAAAAAAUCUGUUUCGGGUUUCCUUUAUUAUAAGAUUCUUGGACAAGACGUUCCCGAUCUGGAAUUUGACGUUGACAUGCCCGAUCACUUUUCCAUACCUCAUUUCACACAAUUGAACGUUUCUCAGUCGAAUGCAAUCCGUCAUGUGUUACAGCGUCCUUUAUCUUUGAUUCAGGGCCCACCUGGUACAGGUAAAACUGUGACUUCUGCUACAAUUGUCUAUCAUUUAUCCAAACUGCACAAGGAACGAAUUCUUGUCUGUGCACCUUCCAAUGUAGCAGUGGACCACCUUGCUGCCAAACUUCGCGAUCUGGGUUUGAAAGUUGUGCGUCUUACUGCCAAGAGCAGAGAAGACGUUGAGAGUUCUGUGUCGAACUUGGGACUCCACAACUUGGUCUCGAGAUCUGCCAAAGGUGAACUGAAGAAAUUAUUAAAGCUGAAGGAUGAUGUAGGGGAGCUAUCUUCUGCAGAUACUAAAAAAUUUGUGAAGCAAGUGAGGAAGUCCGAACUUGAAAUUCUGAAAAAGGCAGACGUUGUUUGUUGUACCUGCGUUGGUGCUGGUGACAAAAGAUUAGAAGCCAAAUUUAGAACUGUAUUGAUUGAUGAAAGCACCCAAGCUUCAGAGCCUGAGUGCUUGAUACCAAUUGUUAAGGGUGCCAAACAAGUCAUCCUUGUGGGUGACCAUCAACAAUUGGGGCCUGUCAUUCUGGAUAGAAAGGCCGCUGACGCGGGCCUCAAGCAAUCGCUUUUCGAAAGGCUCAUUUCUUUGGGCCACGUUCCAAUUCGUCUGGAAGUCCAAUAUCGUAUGAAUCCUCACUUAAGUGAGUUUCCUAGCAAUAUGUUUUAUGAAGGAAGCUUGCAAAACGGGGUUACGAUCGAACAACGUACUGUUGAAAGUAGCACCUUUCCAUGGCCAAUUCAUGAUCUUCCGAUGAUGUUUUGGUCUAACUACGGUAGAGAGGAAAUCUCCGGUAACGGUACAUCGUACCUUAACAGAAUUGAGGCUAUGAAUUGUGAGCGUGUCAUCACCAAGCUUUUCAGAGAUGGGGUGAAACCCGAUCAAAUUGGUGUCAUCACUCCAUAUGAAGGUCAGAGAGCCUACAUUGUUCAAUACAUGCAAAUGAGCGGCUCGUUGGACAAGGAUCUGUAUAUGAACGUUGAAGUAGCUUCAGUGGAUGCUUUUCAAGGGCGUGAGAAGGAUUACAUUAUUUUGUCGUGCGUACGUGCUAACGAACAACAAGCAAUUGGGUUUUUAAGCGAUCCACGCCGUUUGAACGUCGCCUUGACCCGUGCUAAGUAUGGUUUGGUCAUAUUAGGAAAUCCAAGAUCUCUCUCAAGGAAUAGUUUAUGGAGUCAUCUUUUGGUGUAUUUCAGACAAAAGGGUUGUUUGGUCGAAGGCGCUCUUGACAAUUUGCAACUCUGCACCGUCCAAUUGACAAGGUCUCCGAAUGCAAGAAUGGCUCGCAAACCGAACUUUGAUAGAACAAACUUGAACCACACUGCAGACUUUGGUAAGGUCAAUUUCGAUGACUUCGAUACGCAAAGUUUGAUGUCGUACGGUGGCGCUGAUGAGUUCGAUGGGGCUACCAACAAUCAGUUGAAUUCUUUUUUCCAAAAUUACUCAUCUUUUCCACAAACAACACAUAACCAGCAUGUACCCGACCCCCAUGCGUUCGACGGAAGAAAUAUUGAUUUGGCACCAGGCCAUGGGCUACAGAGAUAUAAUGAAGACGCUUCAAGAUACGAGAACGCAGUCACGAACGGUGAUAAAGUUGAUGCGUUAGAGGGCAUGAAAAACCUACGAGUUUAA